GUUUUGUGAUUUCUUUUCACCUCUGCCGCAGCCGUCACCACACAACAGAAGAGUGUCUUGAUCAUGCUGUCCCUCGCCACCAUCAGCCUGUUGGCUGCCGUGGUUGCCGCCCAGGAUGUCAGCACCUAUGUGAACCCCGCAGUGCCCACGGGUGUUCCCAUCGCGGGCAACUAUACGGGCAACCUGCGGCCUCAGAUUCACUUCUCGCCGCCGCAGCACUUCAUGAACGACCCCAACGGCAUGUUCGUGGAUGACAAUGGUACCUGGCAUAUCUACUACCAGUACAACCCCACGGGCGUCGUGGCAGGCAACCAGCACUGGGGCCACGCGACGAGCCAGGACCUGUACCACUGGAUCAAUCAGCCCAUAGCCCUCUUCCCGCCCGAGGAGAGCACCUAUGUCUUCUCUGGCAGUGCCGUCAUCGACGUCAACAACACGUCGGGCUUCUUCCCCAACCAGACGAAUGGCGUGGUCGCCAUUACCACGCUUGCCCACUACAACAAGAACUCGGCUGGCACGCAGACCCAAGCCAUUGCCUACUCAAUGGACGGCGGCUUCACUUUCCAGUACUACAACGGCAACCCGGUCAUCAACAGCGAGUCGUCCCAGUUCCGCGACCCCAAGGUCAUCUGGUACGAGGAUCACUGGGUAGCCGUCAUCUCGUACGCCCAGGAAUUCGUCAUUGGCUUCUUCACCAGCCCUGAUCUCAAGACUUGGACACACGCCUCCAACUUCAGCCACCACGGUCUGCUCGGCACUCAGUACGAGUGCCCAAACAUUGUCCAGAUCCCUGUUCGCGACUAUGUGACCAAGGAACAGACCGACACAAAGUUUGUCUUGGCCAUCUCAGUCCAGCCCGGCGCCCCAUUGGGCGGCUCCAUUACGCAGUAUUUCCCUGGCGACUUCAACGGCACGCAUUUCACCGUGCUCGACUCGGCCACGCGCCUGACCGACUUCGCCAAGGACAACUAUGCCGCGCAGUACUUCUACGGCAACACCCCUGACGGCAACGCCAUCAACCUCGGCUGGGCUUCCAACUGGCAGUACGCCCAGACCGUGCCCACGGGCAAUCUCGAGGGCUGGCGGAGCUCCAUGACGUUGCCUCGCGUCAACUACCUCACCUACGCACCCCGCAUCGGUCUCGUCAUGGUUGACGAGGUCUACGACAUCAGCCCCGUGCUGGACAGGGAGCUCAACUCGACGACCUUUGGCAACGGCACCGUGAUUGUGGACUACAGCAGCGUCGACUCGGCGGCGCUGUACGUCGAGAUCAACGUGACCAACAUCGACACGACCAAGCUGCAGCAGUACACGACGCUCAACCUGACCUUUAGCAACCCCACCUCGGGCGAGGCGCUGUACACGGGCUUCUACUUCUCCGGCGACACGCCCUUCUUCAUCAACCGCGGCGCCGUCCGCGGCUUCGACAACGUCUUCUUCACCGACAAGUUCUCCGUCUCCGACAUCUACUACGACUUUGGCAGCUACGCGACAAACGACAACAACAACCCGCCCGAGCCCGGCGGUAACGGCACCGCAUACUCGGCCACAGCCUCGAGCUCGGGCAGCUCCUCCUCCUCCGCCACCGCCACCUCCAGCGCCGCCGCAUCCUCAAGCGCGCCGUCGUCCGGCCCCGUGCUCGCCGCGGGCACGCCGGCCAACUGGUCCAUGCAGGCCGUCAUCGACCGCUCGAUCCUCGAGGUGUUUGUCGACCAGGGCGUGCACGCCGCCACGGUGCUCUUCUUCCCCGAGGGCGAGCCCCUGUCGCUCGCGUACCUCAAGGCCCAGAACAUGCCGAGCGGCGCAGAGGUCAGCGUGGCCAUCUGGGCGCUCAAGUCCGCGUGGGCAGAGUACGAGGACGAGCAGGGCACGGUGCUGGGCAAUGUCACAACCAGCUCGAACGGCACUUCGGGGAGCUCCUCGCCGAGGAAGAGGCACAUGAUGUACGAGGGGAGCUUUGUAUACUAAGUUCGGUGAGGUGAAAGGUCGGUAGAUGUGGUAGGGACCUCCAGCCUAGUAGAAGAUAGUGUUCUGGUCAUGUUUGCUGUCUUGUCACGAGCCAAGAAAAUGUUUCGACGAGUCGAACGAUUGGAUGUGUACUAUAUUUGUAGCAGUCGGUGCACGAUAAGCUCGUUUUAAUCUUUAUUAUAGCGAUGAAACAUAGCUGCCCUUCUGGCAUGGGGCUAUUACAGCAUGUAUCCUAUCUCCAUGGAAAAUUUGGAGUUAUGUCCACAAACCUUGUACGCCCCAGGUGCCGAGGUGCUUGUGUAGCAUGCAUCUCGAACGAUCGAAUUGCCUACGGCAAGAAGUUGGG